AUGCGGCCCCGCAGCGCCCUGCCCCGCCUGUUGCUGCCGCUGCUGCUACUGCCCGCCGCCGGGCCGGCCCAAUUCCACGGAGAGAAGGGCAUAUCCAUCCCGGACCACGGCUUCUGCCAGCCCAUCUCCAUCCCGUUGUGCACGGACAUCGCCUACAACCAGACCAUCAUGCCCAACCUUCUGGGCCACACGAACCAAGAGGACGCCGGACUGGAGGUGCACCAGUUCUACCCGUUGGUAAAGGUGCAGUGCUCGCCCGAACUGCGCUUCUUCCUGUGCUCGAUGUACGCGCCCGUGUGCACCGUGCUGGAGCAGGCCAUCCCGCCGUGCCGCUCCAUUUGCGAGCGCGCGCGCCAGGGCUGCGAGGCGCUCAUGAACAAGUUCGGUUUCCAGUGGCCGGAGCGCCUGCGCUGCGAGCACUUCCCUCGCCACGGCGCGGAGCAGAUCUGCGUGGGCCAGAACCACUCGGAGGACGGCGCGCCAGCGCUUCUCACCACCGCGCCGCCGCCGGGCCUGCAGCCGGGUGCGGGGGGCACCCCGGGCGGCCCGGGUGGCGGCGGCUCGCCCCCGCGCUAUGCCACGCUGGAGCACCCGUUCCACUGUCCGCGCGUCCUCAAGGUGCCGUCCUAUCUCAGCUACAAGUUCCUGGGCGAGCGCGACUGCGCGGCUCCCUGCGAGCCGGCGCGGCCGGAUGGCUCCAUGUUCUUCUCACAGGAGGAGACGCGCUUUGCGCGCCUCUGGAUCCUCACCUGGUCCGUGCUGUGCUGCGCCUCCACCUUCUUCACCGUCACCACGUACCUGGUGGACAUGCAGCGCUUCCGCUACCCCGAGCGGCCCAUCAUCUUUCUGUCCGGGUGCUACACCAUGGUGUCGGUGGCCUACAUUGCGGGCUUCGUGCUCCAGGAGCGCGUGGUGUGUAACGAGCGCUUCUCCGAGGACGGCUACCGCACGGUGGUGCAGGGCACCAAGAAGGAGGGCUGCACCAUUCUCUUCAUGAUGCUCUACUUCUUCAGCAUGGCCAGCUCCAUCUGGUGGGUCAUCUUGUCGCUCACCUGGUUCCUGGCGGCCGGCAUGAAGUGGGGCCACGAGGCCAUCGAGGCCAACUCGCAGUACUUUCACCUGGCCGCGUGGGCCGUGCCCGCCGUCAAGACCAUCACGAUCCUGGCUAUGGGCCAGAUUGACGGCGACCUGCUGAGCGGCGUGUGCUUCGUGGGCCUCAAUAGCCUGGACCCGUUGCGGGGCUUCGUGCUGGCGCCGCUCUUCGUGUACCUGUUCAUAGGCACGUCCUUCCUCCUGGCCGGCUUCGUGUCCCUCUUCCGCAUCCGUACCAUCAUGAAACACGACGGUACCAAGACGGAGAAGCUGGAGCGGCUGAUGGUGCGCAUCGGCGUCUUCUCGGUGCUUUACACGGUGCCCGCCACCAUCGUCAUCGCCUGCUACUUCUACGAGCAGGCCUUCCGAGAGCACUGGGAGCGCUCGUGGGUGAGCCAGCACUGCAAGAGCCUGGCCAUCCCGUGCCCGGCGCACUACACGCCGCGCAUGUCUCCCGACUUCACCGUCUACAUGAUCAAAUACCUCAUGACGCUCAUCGUGGGCAUCACGUCGGGCUUUUGGAUCUGGUCCGGCAAGACGCUGCACUCGUGGAGGAAGUUCUACACCCGUCUCACCAACAGCCGGCACGGCGAGACCACCGUGUGAGCCCGGCGCUUGUGCGCCGCGUCCCCGGCCGGGCCUGCACCGCGCGCUCACCGCCCGCGGGGAGGGGGUGGGGCGGGGGC